GGGAGAGAGACCCCGCCCCCCUUAAGAAGAGAAGACGGGCCCCUGCAGGACGGGGGCCUGCGUCGCUAUGGGUUCCCCCGCCACCCCGGAGGGAGCGCUGGGCUACGUCCGCGAGUUCACUCGCCACUCCUCCGACGUGCUGGGCAACCUCAACGAGCUGCGCCUGCGCGGGAUCCUCACUGACGUCACGCUGCUGGUUGGCGGGCAACCCCUCAGGGCACACAAGGCAGUUCUCAUAGCCUGCAGUGGCUUCUUUUACUCAAUUUUCCGGGGCCGUGCAGGAGUCGGGGUGGACGUGCUGUCUCUGCCCGGGGGUCCCGAAGCGAGAGGCUUCGCCCCACUACUGGACUUCAUGUACACUUCGCGCCUGCGCCUCUCUCCGGCCACUGCACCUGCAGUCCUUGCGGCCGCCACCUAUUUACAGAUGGAGCACGUGGUCCAGGCAUGCCACCGCUUCAUCCAGGCCAGCUAUGAACCUCUGGGCAUCUCCCUGCGGCCCCUGGAAGCAGAACCCCCAACACCCCCAACGGCCCCUCCACCAGGCAGUCCCAGGCGCUCCGAAGGACACCCAGACCCACCUACUGAAUCUCGAAGCUGCAGUCAAGGCCCCCCUAGUCCAGCCAGCCCCGACCCCAAGGCCUGCAACUGGAAAAAAUACAAGUACAUCGUGCUAAACUCUCAGGCCUCCCAAGCAGGGAGCCUAGUCGGGGAAAGGAGUUCGGGUCAACCUUGCCCCCAAGCCAGGCUCCCCAGUGGAGACGAGGCCUCCAGCAGCAGCAGCAGCGAAGAAGGACCCAUUCCUGGUCCCCAGAGCAGGCUCUCUCCAACUGCUGCCACUGUGCAGUUCAAAUGUGGGGCUCCGGCCAGUACCCCCCACCUCCUCACAUCCCAGGCUCAAGACACCUCUGGAUCACCCUCUGAGCGGGCUCGUCCACUACCGGGAAGUGAAUUUUUCAGCUGCCAGAACUGUGAGGCUGUGGCUGGGUGCUCAUCGGGGCUGGACCCCUUGGUUCCUGGGGAUGAAGACAAGCCCUAUAAGUGUCAGCUGUGCCGGUCUUCAUUCCGCUACAAGGGCAACCUGGCCAGUCACCGCACAGUGCACACAGGGGAAAAGCCUUACCACUGCUCAAUCUGCGGAGCCCGUUUUAACCGGCCAGCAAACCUGAAAACGCACAGCCGCAUCCAUUCAGGAGAGAAGCCCUAUAAGUGUGAGACGUGCGGCUCACGCUUUGUACAGGUGGCACAUCUGCGGGCGCACGUGCUGAUCCACACGGGGGAGAAGCCCUAUCCUUGCCCUACCUGCGGAACCCGCUUCCGCCACCUGCAGACCCUCAAGAGCCACGUUCGCAUCCACACCGGAGAGAAGCCUUACCACUGCGACCCCUGUGGCCUGCAUUUCCGGCACAAGAGUCAACUGCGGCUGCAUCUGCGCCAGAAACACGGAGCUGCUACCAACACCAAAGUGCACUACCACAUUCUGGGGGGGCCCUAGCCGAGCACAGGCCCAGACCCCACUUGCUUCCUGUGGGUGGGAAAGCUGCAGGCCCAGGCCUUGCUUCCCUAUCAGGCUUGGGCAUAGGGGUGUGCAAGGCCACUUUGGUAUCAGAAAUUGCCACCAUCUUAAUUUCUCACUGGGGAGAGCAGGGGGUGGCAGAUCCUGGCUAGAUCUGCCUCUGUUUUGCUGGUCAAAACCUCUUCCCCACAAGCCACAUUGUUUCUGAGGAGAGAGCUAGCUAGGGGCUGGGAAAGGGGAGAGAUUGGAGUCCUGGUCUCCCCAAGGGAAUAGCCCUCCACCUGUGGCCCCCAUUGCAUUCAGUUUAUCUGUAAAUAUAAUUUAUUGAGGCCUUUGGGUGGCACCAGGGCCUUCAUUCAAUUGCAUUUCCCACUCCCCUCUUCCACAAGUGUGAUUAAAAGUGACCAGAAACA